GCCUCCGAUAUGUGCGCGGCGCUCGGUUCCCGUUUGACUGAUCAGAUGCUCAGCGCGCGGCUAAACACCGACGGCUGACUAAACUCAGGAGAGCCACUGAAGCGCUCGGCUGGUCGUGUUUCUUCGUUUCCACGACUGUUCUCCACGGAAAUACAGCCUCCGGACCCACUGCGCGUUGCCUCACGUCCCCCUUGGGGGUCGAGGGAGGAAAGAAGUAAAAAAAAAAAAAAAAAAAAAAGAACGAUAGGGAGAGACUCCUAGAGAGAGAGAGAGAGAGAGAGAGAGAGAGAACAGACGCUGGGCUCUGGCUCUGCGGGGCUGGCCGCUUCUCUGUGGUUCGGGGAGGCUCGAGGGCGAUGCUGCUGGGCGGGGAUCUUACACAGUUUCUGCCCGGUGGCGGAGGAGAAGAUGCGAACUGCAGCUACAGAACACCCGCAACGCCACCGUCGUGUUUUCAGACCAAGAAUUGAUGAUGGUGAUGAUGCUGCCUCCCCCAGCGCUCUUUUUCUGCUCCUCCGGAUCCCUUUCGCCCGGGAUUCUUGUUCUCCCGACACUGGAUUAUAGAUGAUUGCUGUGGACACUAUUUUUUUCUUUUAAUUUACAUCAACUCUUUUUAUUUUCCGAAGCGAGGCGCAGGGAAAAGACAUAAAUUGGCGGGCUGAGGACCGGUGUAUUUUAAAAGCGGUUUUUUAUAUAUAAUUGUUUUUUGUUUUUUAUUUUUUGCCUCUCCAAGUGCGUGCAAUCACGCCCAAAAUCGGCGACCGACGCCUUGGCGGUGAGGAGGAGGGGGGGAGAAGAAGAAGACGGAGGAGGAGGGGGAGGAGGGAUGCCGCACCGUCCAUCACCAAAUAUCAACAAAUGUCACCAGGCUCGGAUUUUGGGGAAGCCCCCCUCGGCUGGCGUUUGCGUGUAACCCGAGCAGCAGUGUGGUGGCAGUGAGAGGCUGCAGCGGGACUUUCUGCCGCGACAUAUCAAACGUUGCAGAUCUAUGGAACAAAAUUAAAUGAAUUAUUAAAAAUUUCAUUCGUAUCUAUUUCUAUUUUUAUCACCGCCGGGAAAAAAGGAGGUGGAGGAGGACUUGGGAAGGGGGGAAGACAACUGCAGAUCCUGUCAAGAUGCACUAGGCUGGUGAGAGAGGGGGGGGGGAAAGACGCAGUCUCAAACUAGGAUAGCCUACUUAGUGGAGAUGAUCGCAAUAUUUACUCAAACGCACAGCUAUGCAUCUUUAUGGCAUUAUUCUAGGAUGAUCGGUGUUUUGUUUGCCCGAUGAAAAAAAGCAAGAAGCCAUUCGCUCUUGGUGAGGGUUUUAACCAAAAAAAUAAAUAAAAAUAAACACACACAAACAAACAAACAAAAAACAACAUCAACAAAAAACGGGAAAACGCCGAUUGUGUGACAAGAUUUUCCCUUUUUUCUCACAAAUUUCUGGCCACCACUUAAAACCAAUCAGGUUUUUUUUCUUUUUCUACAAGAGAACUGAUUUUCCAGAAAUUCCAGAAAUACAUCCCUCCGUUUCCAUUCAUAUUCCAAACACACGAUCACAGACACCGUGCGCUCUCCCUCUCCUCUUCACCCUCCCCUCUCCUCCUCCUCCUCCCCCUCCUCCCUCCCUCUCCAAUCACAAAUGGAGGUAUCUUCUCGGCGCUGAAGAUCUGGGAAGGAGACAGAGAUAGAAGGAGAAAAGAGACUCGAGAUAAGCCAGAGAAAGCCCAUCUCCAUUCUGCAUGUGUGUUUGGAGCCGAGGCUGAUGGGGUGGUGGCAUGUGGAGGUGUCACUCUGAGGUUCCCCCCCAGCACCUUCCUAACCUCUGGCGUUUGGUGUCUGCAGAAUGGCGCGUUUUGGAGACGAGCUACCCAACAGGUAUGGAGGAGGAGGAGGAGGUGGUGGUGGCGGUGGUGGCGGGGGUGCCGGCGGACAAGGGGGCCCCGGCCGUGGCGGCAGCAGGCAAGGGGGGCCCCCCGGAGCGCAGCGGAUGUACAAGCAGUCGAUGGCCCAGAGAGCCCGGACCAUGGCCCUGUACAACCCCAUACCCGUCCGGCAGAGCUGCCUAACGGUCAACCGCUCCCUCUUCCUCUUCAGCGAAGACAACGUGGUGAGGAAGUACGCCAAAAAGAUCACCGAAUGGCCUCCAUUUGAAUGGAUGAUUCUCACCACCAUCAUUGCAAACUGCAUCGUCCUGGCUCUGGAACAGCACCUUCCCGAUGGAGACAAGACGCCUCUGUCCGAACGACUGGAGGAGACAGAGCCCUACUUCAUAGCCAUCUUCUGUUUCGAGUCUGGAAUAAAGAUCCUGGCUCUCGGUUUUGCGUUACAUAAGGGCUCCUACCUGAGGAACGGCUGGAACGUCAUGGACUUUGUAGUUGUCCUCACCGGUAUUUUGUCGUCAGUGGGGUCUACGUUUGACCUGAGGACACUGCGAGCCGUCAGGGUGCUGCGACCCUUAAAACUGGUGUCUGGAAUUCCAAGCCUGCAGGUGGUGCUCAAGUCCAUUAUGAAGGCUAUGAUCCCCCUGCUGCAGAUUGGUCUCCUCUUAUUUGUGGCCAUCCUCAUGUUUGCAAUCAUCGGCCUGGAGUUUUACAUGGGACAGUUCCACAAGACUUGCUAUGAUGAUGUUACAAAUGAGACUGCAGAUGACAGGCCGUGUGGUACUGCAUCGCCAUCCCGGCUGUGCUCCAAUGGCACGCACUGUGGGGAAGGGUGGAUUGGACCCAACUACGGGAUCACCCAAUUCGACAACAUUCUGUUCGCCGUGCUCACCGUCUUCCAGUGCAUCACCAUGGAGGGAUGGACAAACAUGCUGUACCACAGUAACGAUGUAAGUGGCAGUUACUUUAAUUGGAUGUACUACGUCCCCCUCAUCAUCAUCGGCUCCUUCUUCAUGCUCAACCUGGUGCUGGGUGUACUCUCAGGUGAAUUUGCCAAAGAGAGGGAGCGAGUGGAGAACAGGAGCGAGUUCCUCAAGCUGAGGAGACAGCAGCAGAUUGAGAGGGAGCUCAACGGAUACCUUGAGUGGAUCUGUAAAGCAGAGGAGGUGAUUCUGGCUGAGGAAGAUACUACAGGGAACUUUGAUGGUUCGAGGCGUAGGCCAACCAUCAAAACCAAAAACAACAAGACAGAGCUGCUGAACCCUGAGGAAGGAGAGGACAACAUUGGAGAUGCAGUAGGUUUUGCACGCUCCAGCAUAAAGAGCGGUAAGGAGGGCUCCAAUUACAGCAAGAAAGAGCGACGGCUGCGAUUCUUCAUCCGUAAGAUAGUGAAGACGCAGGCUUUCUACUGGAUAGUGCUCUUUCUGGUGGGCCUCAACACCAUCUGUGUGGCCGUGGUGCACUACGACCAGCCUGAGAUGCUCACUGACUUUCUCUUCUAUGCAGAGUUUGUCUUCCUCGGUUUGUUCAUGUCUGAGAUGCUGAUCAAGAUGUACGGUCUGGGCAUCCAGCCCUACUUCCAUUCCUCAUUCAACUGCUUCGACUGUGUGGUAAUAGUCGGCAGUAUCUUCGAGGUUGUGUGGGCCACCAUAAAACCAGGCACGUCCUUCGGGAUCAGCGUGUUACGAGCUCUGCGAUUGCUCCGCAUCUUUAAAGUCACAAAGUACUGGGCACCACUUCGAAACCUGGUGGUUUCUCUGCUGAACUCCAUGAAGUCCAUCGUCAGCUUGCUGUUCCUCCUCUUCCUCUUCAUCGUGGUAUUUGCCUUGUUGGGGAUGCAGCUGUUUGGAGGACAAUUUAACUUUGACGACGGAACGCCUCCUACUAACUUUGACACUUUUGCUGCAGCAAUCAUGACAGUGUUUCAGAUCCUGACAGGAGAAGACUGGAAUGAGGUGAUGUACUAUGGCAUUGAGUCCCAGGGUGGAGUGAAAGACAAGGGGAUGAUCUUCUCCAUCUUCUUUAUUGUCCUGACACUCUUUGGCAACUACACUCUGCUUAACGUCUUCUUGGCCAUCGCUGUUGACAAUCUGGCCAAUGCCCAGGAGCUUACAAAGGAUGAAGAAGAACAGGAAGAGGCAGCCAAUCAGAAGACAGCACUACAGAAGGCAAAGGAGGUGGCAGAGGUCAGCCCUCUGUCAGCUGCCAACCUGUCUAUUGCUGCUAAGGAGCAGCAAAAGAACCACACCAAGGGAAAUAAGUCGGUGUGGGAGCAGAGAACAAGUGAGAUUCGCCGACAGAACCUAAUGACGAGCCGCGAGGCGCUCUACAAUGAGCUGGAGCAGGAAGACUGGAAGGCGGGAGUGGAGGGAGAAGAGGCGUCUUACCCACGGAAAGGACGUGGUGACAUGAAAACCCACUUGGACAGGCCGUUGGUGGUGAACCCACAGGACAACCGCAAUAAUAACACCAACAAGACCCAACCUGGAGAACUGCCACUUGACCAGGAGUACCGGCGCCAGGACAUAGAUCACUGCCGCCGUGCCGCCCACUGCUAUCACUACGACCGCGAUCACCAUCAGAAACCCUUUGGGCCAGACAGCAGAGAGACAAGCCAGCUAUCAGAGACCCGUAUGGAGCACGGCUUCAGCUGCACAUCUCUGGGUAAUGUGGAGGCGAGCAUAGAGGGCCGUCCAGGGGAGGAGAGGCACAGCCACCGGAGCCACCGGAGCCAUCGAGGCCAUCGGCACCGGAACAGGGAAGGCUGUGAAGCUCGCAGUGUUUCCCCCCACCAGAGUGAGGCAGGAGAAGGACAUAAUGAGAACAGGAGGGCCAGGCAGCACCGCAGGGCAGCAAGAGAAGGAGAGGAAGGCAGGCGACACCGAUCCAGGGGGAAAGAAGGAGAGGGGGGGAAAAUCGUGGAAGGAGAAGGGCGGAGAGCAAGACGACAUCGACAUGGCAACCAUGAUAAGAGCAAAGGGCAUUGCAGAAGGGAACACCACAGUACUGGACCAAGCCUCUCUACCACCCGUCCUAUACAGCAGUAUAAUGAGGACCUGGACAACUUCCGCAACAACAGCAAGCUGGCCAAUGCCCACGAGCACCCUUACGCCCUACCACCAGAUCACCCUGACCAUCCUGACCAUGUCAAUAACCUGCUCAACUGCCGCGAUGCUGAUACCCACACGCUGCUUCACAGCAUGGACAGCUUGAUUCUCACUAGCAUGGUUAAACCUGACUACACAGCCAUAGAAAUGCCCCCUGUCUACCCUUACCCCUCGACCAACGCCAUCUUACAAGUGAACAAGAACGCCAACACCGACCAGAAGAAAAGUGAGGAGAAGAAAGAGGAGGAGAGCGAGGGCGGAGAUGAAGAUGGCCCCAAACCCAUGCCUCCUUAUAGCUCUUGCUUCAUAUUGUCCACCACUAACCCGUUUCGGAAGUGCUGUCACUAUAUCCUGACUCUGAAGUAUUUUGAGUUCACCAUCCUUUCUGUCAUCGCUAUGAGCAGCAUCGCUCUUGCUGCAGAGGACCCUGUCAACCCUAAGUCACCGCAAAACGAUGUGCUGCGUAAUUUUGACUACGUUUUCACAGCAGUCUUCACAUUUGAAAUGUUGAUCAAGAUGGUGGUGCUGGGCUUGUUUCUCCACGAGGGAUCCUACUUCCGUGACUUGUGGAACAUUCUGGACUUUAUAGUGGUUAGUGGUGCUCUGGUGGCCUUCGCCUUCACGCCGAGCGUCAGCGGGGGGAAUAACAAAAGUAAAGACAUCAGUACAAUCAAAUCCCUUCGUGUGCUGAGGGUGCUGCGACCUCUUAAGACCAUCAAACGUCUCCCCAAGUUAAAGGCUGUCUUCGACUGCGUGGUCAACUCUCUGAAGAAUGUGUUGAACAUCCUGAUUGUCUACAUGCUCUUUAUGUUCAUCUUUGCUGUGGUGGCCGUUCAGCUCUUCAAAGGUCACUUCUUCCAUUGCACAGAUGAAUCCAAGGAGUUUGAGCGCGACUGCAGGGGCGAGUACUUGGUAUAUGAGAAAGAUGAAGUUAAAGCUGAAAAGCGGGAGUGGAAGAAGUACGAUUUCCACUACGACAACGUGGCUUGGGCCUUGCUCACCCUCUUCACCGUCUCAACUGGAGAGGGUUGGCCACAGGUGUUGAAGCACUCAGUGGACUCCACCUUUGAGAAUCAGGGCCCGAGCCCAGGUUACAGGAUGGAAAUGUCCAUCUUUUACGUGGUGUACUUCGUUGUCUUCCCCUUCUUCUUUGUAAACAUCUUUGUGGCUCUCAUCAUCAUCACCUUCCAGGAACAGGGGGAUAAGAUGAUGGAGGACUACAGCUUAGAAAAAAAUGAGCGAGCCUGUAUAGAUUUUGCCAUCAAUGCCAGGCCUCUGACUCGCCACAUGCCAAAGAACAAACUGAGCUUCCAGUAUCGUAUGUGGCAGUUUGUGGUAUCUCCGCCCUUUGAGUACAGCAUCAUGGCUCUAAUCGCGCUCAACACCAUCGUCCUCAUGAUGAAGUUCGAAGGUGCAUCGAUGGUCUACAAUAAUGUCCUGAAGAACCUCAACAUUGUGUUUACCACCUUCUUUUUCUUGGAAUCAGUGCUCAAGAUCAUAGCAUUCGGCCCUCUGAAUUUCUUCAGAGAUGCCUGGAACAUUUUUGAUUUUGUGUCUGUCCUUGGAAGCAUCACUGACAUAUUAGUGACAGAAUUUGGGAAUCCGAAUAAUGCCUUCAGUUUGAGCUUCCUGAGGCUCUUCAGAGCAGCUCGCCUUAUAAAGCUGCUGAGACAGGGAGAGACCAUUCGCAUCUUGCUGUGGACCUUCGUCCAGUCCUUCAAGGCUUUGCCAUACGUGUGCCUCCUUAUUGCCAUGCUGUUCUUCAUCUAUGCCAUCAUUGGCAUGCAGUUGUUUGGGAACUUAAAACUAACUGAGGAUGAUGGAAUCAAUGAGCACAAUAACUUCAGAACCUUCUUCAUGGCCCUAAUGCUGCUGUUCAGGAGUGCUACGGGUGAAGCGUGGCAAGAGAUCAUGUUGGCUUGCCUGGAUAGGAAGGAGUGUGAUCCUGAAUCAGGGAAUGAUAAAAAAGAAUGUGGCAGCACCUUCGCUUACACAUACUUUGUCUCCUUUAUCUUCUUGUGCUCUUUUCUGAUGCUGAAUCUGUUUGUGGCUGUCAUCAUGGACAAUUUUGAGUACCUGACUAGAGACUCUUCCAUCCUGGGGCCUCAUCACCUGGAUGAGUAUGUAAGGAUAUGGGCCGAGUACGACCCUGCCGCCUGCGGGCGCAUACAUUAUAAGGAUAUGUACAGUUUAUUGCGAGUUAUCUCCCCUCCUCUGGGCCUUGGCAAGAAGUGCCCACAUAGGGUGGCCUGCAAGAGGCUGCUGCGCAUGGAUCUACCGGUUGCUGAUGACAGCACGGUGCAUUUUAACUCCACGCUCAUGGCUCUGAUAAGGACAGCACUGGACAUAAAGAUUGCUAAGGGUGGUGCAGAUAAGCACCAGAUGGAUGCAGAGCUUAGAAAGGAGAUGAUGGCUAUCUGGCCCAACCUAUCGCAGAAGACACUGGACUUGCUGGUUACCCCUCACAAGGCAGCCACAGACUUGACGGUGGGCAAAAUCUACGCUGCCAUGAUGAUCAUGGAGUACUACCGGCAGAGCAAGACGAAAAAGCUGCAGGCCCUGCGAGAGGAACAGAACCGAACGCCAUUAAUGUUUCAGCGCAUGGAGCCGCCCUCUGAGGGAGGCGGCACGGACGGCCAGGGAGGCCAGGGCCAGAACGGCCUCUCCAGCACGCAGCUAGACAACAUCAACAGCAUACCUCCUGAGGGUGGCAUGACUGAGAGCCAGUCAUGGGUGACGGCCAAAGCCCAGGAAAUGUUCCAAAAGACGGGUAACUGGAGCCCGGACAGACCCUACCCCGACGACCUCCACGACAACCGUCACAACCCCCAGACGGUAGAGAUGAGGGAGAUGGGGCGGGACGGGUACUCCGACACUGAGCCCUAUCACCCAAUGGAUGGGCAUGGGCGGACCCUCUCCAUGCCCCGCCUCUCGGCAGACAACCAACGGAGGAGACACAGGCCUCGCGGAAAUAACCUCAGUACCAUUACUGACACAAGUCCGAUGCGUCGCUCCACGUCCAGCCUAGUUCAUGGGCGUACAGGCAGGGGCGUGAGGCUGGACGACUACUCGCUGGAGAGGGUGGUGUCUGAGGAGGGGAGACAUGGAGGACGCAGGGACAGAAGCCACCGCACCUCGCAGCGCUCCCUGACCAGAUACACCGACGCGGACACGGGCCUGGGCACAGACCUCAGCACCACCACACAGUCAGGUGAUCUGCCGCCCAAGGAGCGCGAGCGGGACCGUGGCCGGACCAAGGACCGUCGUCACCACCAUCACCAUCACCAUCAUCACGGCUCCAUGGACAAGGAGCGGUACGGCCACGACCGCCACGACUACUCCCACAGGCAUCCCCACGACCGUCACUGGUCCCGGUCACCCAGCGAGGGGCCUGACGGACGAGGUCACAGACAGGGCAGUAGUUCGGUGAGCGGCAGCCCGGUUCCCUCUACCUCGGGGACCAGCACUCCAAGGAGAGGCCGCCGCCAGUUGCCUCAGACCCCUGCAGUCCCACGCCCACAUGUCACCUACUCCCCCGCGGUCCGCAAGCCUGGCUAUGGCCCCCCAGGGCCAGGUCGCCUGCGUUCACCCUCUCCACGACACUUCUCCCCUCCAGACCAUGACAGAGGCUACCACCACCGACCCCCGUCACGCCACGCCUCUCCCCACCACGGGGGAUCUUCAUCCCGGCAUGGUUCGCCACGCUCCCCUAGGCACCAGUCCCCACGCUCGCCCCUCCACGGCUCACCCAGGUCGCCUCACCGAAGCCGCUGGAGCGGGCCUCCACCCGGGGACAGCCUGGAGUGUGACGGGCCCUUCUACGAGAGAGAUUAUGAGUAUGAGCGUCACCACGAGCCUCCCGCCUACGAGCAGAGCCUCUCCCACGGCAACCCUCACCCACAUGGAGGAAAUCCUCACCCACACCCACGUUCACCUAGGACUGCCCGCCACGGGCCUCCUCCACCCCCUCAACCGCAUCCACGCAGGGUACCCAAUGGUUACCGCUCAUCUUCACCUUCCCCACACCGACGGGGAACACCAGGGGUGCCACCCCACCCACACCACCGGCCUGCCCAUGCCAGAGGGCCCCGCAAGGGCCUGCAUGAACCUUAUAGUGAGACGGAUGAGGAUGACUGGUGCUAGCAACCAUAAAGAGCUUGGGAUAUGGCAGGAGAGGAGAAGAAGAACAGCAGUCUCCAGUGCUCUGGCCUUGGAUAUGUAGACUAAAAGAAAAAACAAACAAAAACAAAAAAACAAAACAGAGUGGUGGGAGGGGUUGGAUACCCUCAAAACCCUCUACCUUCAGCUCUCAGACUAUGAACGAGUGGAAGGGGUGGAGGGGAGGGGGGGGGGGGGGGGGGCAGCAGAAAAGCCUUUUACACAUUUUGUGUAAUACUCAAAUGAGUGGCAGAGCAGCAUAUGGGUAAAAAAGAAAAAGGGACCGCCAAGGCCUGGACACAGUUUACCUCUGCUUCUUUCAAUCUCAGAACUACACUUCCCAGAAUCAGCCUUGAUCAUCAAGACCUGGCUGCAGGAGGAAAAGAGAGGUGUGGGAGUGCAAGCAAGGGAGGAGCACGAGGUUAUUCAAGUGCGAUGUUAUGAGGCCUAAAAGCACUUCUCUCAGACUGAUGCCUGAUUGCUUAGAUUUGCUAGACGUGUGCUAUUUGUCUCUGGCCAGACUGCUACUGUAAAAGCCUGAAAAUGAGCUGGAACACAGAGUCCGCCGCUUAGACUCUGCUCCUAGACUGAUAUGUUUAAAGAUACAUCAAUUAAUAAAAAGCCAGGACCCCCCCAACCCUUACAUGCCAAGCUAUGCCUCCAGAAAAUCAAACUUGAACAAUGAAGAACACAGUGAAACUUUACAUGACAAACACUGAAAAGAAAAAAAAGGGAGAACAACCACUUUAUCUAGAACCUUUUUCCUGUCCAACUGACAGAACCAGGAAGCUCCGCCUAUACUGCAAAAACCAGCCAAUCACAGCGCUGGCUGAUAUUUGAUGAGUUUUAUCAUCUCUGUUUACUGUUAAGGACUCGCAUAGUGCUGAUGGAACUGAUGUGACAUCACUUCCUGUCCAGCAGAUGGUGGUGAUAGUAGUAGUAGUAGUAGUAAUAGUGGUGGCAGGGGGGAGAGCCACAGUGUGGGCUCACUUCCUGUUCACUUGCACUUGUGGGCUGGGCUCAGGUAACUAGAGAAAGGGAGUCGGACACUUUGUCAAGCCCCUUCCCUCUCUGUUACUCAACAGAGGAUGACCCGACAGGAAAUGACAUCACACAGUUGAAUAGGGCGGAGGAGAGGAAAGGAGGGAUGGGAAAAAAGACUAAUUUCUUCAGUAUUUCUUCUGUCGUUUACUUCUUGUUCUUCUUAGGACAUUGGAGCUUGGUUCUUCUGUUGCAUUCGCUCAGCCUCCUUUGAUCUUUUUCAGAGCUCAAAAUUUGAUGGAAACCUGCAUGACUGAUUAAAUACAUAUUAGAGUGGAAAUCUAACUGGUGUGGGUGGGACCUGGGGGGCUUUGUAGGAAACUUUGCAUUUAGGUUUACAAAAGAAGCUCCCUUCUUUCCAGCUCUUUCUUUCUCUCUCAGAUCUCAGCAGAAAUGUUGUUUUGUGGUUUCUUUGUACCUGAAGCAGGUUUUGACAGUUGGGUAUUUUAUUUGUCUCCGUUUCUGCCCAAAGCUCUGUUACUGCAACCUGUUAGAAGACAAGGAGCACCUUAAAGUUUCUGUCUGCACUUGAGAAACAAGAGGGAGAAAGGGCAUGGAGAAGCGAACCUCUAACACACUUUAUUUAUUAUUGUUAAUGAUGACACUUUUAUGAAUAAUGAUAUCAAUGUCAAUGCAAAAUGAUGGUGACAAUGAUGAUGAUAAUGGUGAUGAUUGGUUGAAUUGUUGCUGUAGAUUUGUUGUCAUGUUAUUUGGAGUUAUGCUGUGUAUGCUAUGUUCAUCCUGUUUACAUCCAUUAUGUUAUUAUUCCCCCGUUCAAUGAUGUUUAUCGGGUUCCUGAUGCCUUGCUGCAAUGUUUCAAGUCAACUGCGGCUUGGGAACUCUUCCUGAGCAGCAUUGUGUGCUAUAAUGCAAAUCUUUAAAGACACACUUUUUUCUCUCUGGAAUGGUGGAUUUGGAGGUCAGAUGGACUCUCAGUUAUCUGACCUGAAGUGGUUCAAAAGGGGUCAGAACUCUGUCAAGCCAACCCAAAGAUCAGUAAUUUAGGUUCAGAGUCAGAGGUAGGACAAUUUAUUGAGAGCCGUGAAAACUUUGUCUUCUCUUCACGCUUAAGAGGUGCUCAGAAAAGGUCAUUUUACCGAGUUAAAAGUUCUACUGAGAUUGAAUUCUCCCACUUGCUGCCAAAAAAAGCUUUUCAAUCUGUUGGGCUCUGCAGUUUUGUAGUGAGAACAGCACAGUAUUAGUGGUACAGUGUUGGUGUCGGUCAGUAUUUUUGCCACCAGGGGGCAGUGAUAAACAUAUUAUGUUAUUGGCCCUACCUUUCCUGUCUACAGGACAGUCUCUGAGCCACAUCCUAGUUUCAAGAUCAGGAGUCAAAGCUGAUCUUUACCUUAUAUCUUUGCAAGAUAUAUAUGUUAAGUCCUUGUGUUUCGCAGGAAACAUGGAUGCAGCCCGAGAGACAAUAUCUGUUUGUCAGUCCGCCCUUCCGCUUGCUUGUCUGCGCCAAUGCUGACCAUCCACCCCACCCUACAACCCCUUCUCUCAGGUCUGGCUAACCAGAGUCAACUAGUCAUCCCAGUUCAGUCACAUACGGUUGUAGCAAACCAUUCCCUGCCAAAACCAACCUCAGUAUCCACCGACCUUCUUUUCCCUAAUUUAUCCUUCUUUUGCUGUCCAUUUGACGUCUGUUCUUUCAGCUUGGUAGAGAGUGAUGCUGAAGGUUCAGGACAGAAACACUUAGGACUAAUAAUAUUUCAUCCUUAUUGUUAUGAGGGAUAACACUUAUUGAAUAUUCAAUAACUCUAGGACAAAAUGAUAAAGUAUAGAUAAAUAUAGUUGAUUACCUACAGAUAAACCUAGAUAUGAUAUCGUAGAUGUAGUUAUAGACAACAGAGUAUAAUUAGAGUUUCAGAUAAAUAUUUAUUUUGCAUACCGAUCAUGCUCACAAAGAAGUCAAAGAAUCGAGCUACUCUUAAAACCUCGCGCUGUUUGCAAAAGCCAGAAAACAAACCCCAGUCCACGUGUUGACUCUAUGCAGACCUCAUAGGCAUCCUCAUCAUAUUACUUCAAAAAGGUGAACCUACGACGCAGUGGUUCUGUAAAACAGGCCGAGGAAACGGGAACAUGCAGAUCUGAGAAAAUGUGAACACUGGCACCGAUGUUUUUUUCCCCAGACUUCACAUGACAUCACACCCCCACAGUUCAUGUACCUCUGUAGCUGUCUUUUUCCCUCCCUCCUCCUGAUGACGAUUCCCUUUUUUCCUCCACAAAUUUCUAUUCUCUCCAAAAGAUGUGUUGCCUCCAGGCCUAGUAGUUGAGCAUUGCGUAGGAAAGAUGUGGAUUGGGGGGGUGGUUGUUUUUUGUUAACUGUUCAUUUGCUUGGUGGGCAUGAAGGGGCGCAUAACACGAAACCCCCUUUCUGUCCUCACCUACAAUCAAGAGGUUACGGCAGGUGGGGAAUGUUCCCCAAAGCCCCCUACAGAGCCACAGUGCCUUCUGUAUCCGAGUCAAAUUUGUCAUGCCCCAUCUUGUCCAUCGCUCACCCCCUCAACCCUUAACCCACUGUAGUAGAUGAGAUCAUCCACACUACGCCUUAAAAGUUGAGUCCCACUGGCGCCCAUACUAGCAUAGAAAUGGGGAGAGUGGUGACUUUAAAACUGGGCCACAGUGAGGAAACGGUCAAAAGGCUAGACUCGAAGCAGGAAAGCCACAUCGCAUCCAGAGUGGGACGGACGACUUUAAAACUCCCAUUCAGACAUACAGAUUUUUGUAAAAGUUGCCAAAAUCCUAAGAGAUCCACACAGUUGGAAUCAAAGCCUUGAGGUUUUGGCCUCUACAGACUAAAAUGACCAUCAUUUCAGGAUCCUGCUAACUGGCUAGCCCUCUUGGCUAUGGUGUGGCACCAUCUCGUGUCCAUCCCGGAGAUGUCCUGGGUCCAGUUUCAGGCGGUGUAGUGAGAGUUUCACAGAGGUGCACGGCAGUUUGCUUACUUCUCAGGUCCCUCUAGAGUUAGGUAGCUAGAUAGAAAACAUAACAAAGAGUCAGCUACACGACAACACGCAGGCGUCAGAUUGAGUUAUUGUAUGGUUUUACCUGGUGUGGUGUCAGAGGUUGGAACGGUAACCCCACCUUUCUGCUUUCACUAGCACAUUAUACACCGACUCCUCUCCGUCAACAGCCUGCCGACACGCCACACUGUUGACAGGCAGGCAUUAAAAAGCCACCUCCAUUUUGGCUCCAUGACACCACUCGCUUGUCCAGAAUUGUAACAGCAGAUCCAAAAUGGCCGACACACAACACUGCCCUUUUGUGAAAGCAUGUUGUGUGUGAGCAUUUCCAAAAACAAACACCGUUCUCUUUGACGAUAAAAGAUCAGUGAGCAUUUGAUCUUUAUUAGUUUUUGUGGGUGUUUCUCUUUGUUUUGCACAGGAUUGGGGAGGGAGGGGAGGGUCUGCAAGGUUUUUUGCUCAGUCAUCACUUCUCUCCACAUCUCCUUCGCAUCUUCACCUCUGGCUUCUGUCACCUUUCUAAAUGUGUGACUAAUCAUUUCUGGAUUUUCUUCUUCCUUGUGGGAUAAAGGAAAACCGAACAGAUGCACCAACCCAUCCGCUCAGUUGGCUGUGAAAUUGUGUCAGCGGGUCAGUCGUGAGGCAACGUUUCGAAAACACAGAAAUAAGGGCUCUCUUUAAAAAAAAAAAGAAGAAGAAGAAACAGUACACCGUGGGGUUUAAUGUACAGUAGUGCUGCCAAAAGUUGUGCUUAUGUAGCUGAAGCCACUCUGUGGUCUCCCCUUUGUACAGCACUAAAUGUGUGCAUGCGUGUGUGUGUGUAAGGGGGGUCAAGAGCAAGGCAGGGGAGGGACGGGUGGGAGGGGCCGAAGGCAAUUUCUUAGAGGUUUUGGUGACUCCAGGGGAUGGAGGGGGGAGUUUGGGGGAGGGGAGGACAGGGAGCAGCAGCAGCAGAGGUCAUAGAGAUGUUUUACACAAUUUCACAAUGGCACUGGACCACUUUUCAGACUCAUCCUCAGAAGCCAUGUUUUCCACCGUCAACCCAUCCACGCUUUGUCCCGCUGUGAGGAAGGCGGGGCUACUGCUGCCAUAAGGAGACAUUUCCUCUGUUUGUGAUGUCUGUGACAGUGUGUGAGUGUAUAUGACUGAGCAGGUGUUUCGAGUGGCGUCCAAGUGUGUUUAGUGCUGAAAUCGAUUUGUGUGAUUAAUCGCUAAGCCUUGUCAUUAUUAUACAUAUACGUAUCAGGUUUGUCACGAUACUAGAAUUUAAAAGUCAAUACUGACGCCAUGGAAAAUCCUCAGAACCAAUGUCAAUACCACAGGGAAAAGUGAGAGAAUAUUUUAAAAAAGAAACAUCAACAGCAAAAGUACUUUUAAGUUGUGCGAACGUGUGCAAAAAAUACGACAUUGUUGUUCAGAGUUAUGAGCGUUAUCUCCUUCAGCUGUUGAGUUGUCUGCUAGUGUGUGAAGUUCAGUGUCAGCUGGGGGAGGCCAACACGGCACCGCUGGUAUCAAUACUGUUGCCAGUGAAUAUCUGAUUGACUAAUAGCUUUUUUCUAAUAAAAAUCACUUCAAGCUUCUAAGAUUUUUGGCAAUGGCUUAAGAGUUCCUGUUAAAGUGCAGGUUUGUUGUUAUGUGGAUUACAAGCAUUGAAAACACAUUUUCCCAUUAGUGUUCAUUAAUGAGCCCGGUCUUUAUUUGAAAGGAAUAAAAUAACAGUCAAGUUUGGUUCAAGUUAAAUAAGUAAGUCUAAAGUAGUAAAUGGUUUUGGAAGGUUGCGUUGGCUGUCUCUAUAAUCGACUAAUCGUUUCAGCACUAACUGUGUGUGUGUGUACAUGUGAGAAGAUACGGGACUGGGUUUGCAUGCAUUCGUCCGUUUAUUAGUGUGUGUGUGUGAGUGUGUGUGUGUCCUGGCACCAUCGGCUACAGAAGGUAAUCCUCAGUGCCUUACACUGUACAGGACACUAAGAUGAUUUCUUCAUCUGAGAUAUUCACAGCGCACACACAUUACGUUUUAACGUCCUCAUUGCCCAUUUGUAAGGAUGGUGUGGAGGGUGUGUGUGUGCGUGUUUGUAUUUGUAAGGGGUGGGUGGGGAUGGGGUGGGGCUCGGUAGAUCAUCAUGUCACAUGUGUCACCCAUCGUCUCUCUCUCCGAUGCCAUCUAAUGUGUAUAUUGCCUCUGUAAUUCUUGUGUAUACAAUCCAUAAAGUUUGUGGAAAAACUC